UAUGGGUCACCUGGGAUUAAAAACUAGGUUACACUUCUCAAAUAUGGCAAAUCCUUGUUAACACUCUAGUGAUCACAUUUUUGACAUACAUGUCUUGAAACUUGGUCAGAAUGCGUGUCUAGGUAAUUGCGAGGAUGAGUUUGAUGGGUCAGGUGAGCGAUCUAGGGCUAUCUUGGUUCUCUUGUUAUAUUUGUGCUGUAGAGUUUUAAAAAACCUUGUAAGGAACGUUGGAUGAUUUUACCGAUAUUUUCUUAUUUGACACAUGCAAUUUAUUACAAAUUUAUUUUUCUUGUUCACAUUUUGGUUUACUUUAUUUUUGAAGAAUAAAAUUUAGUCUUUCAGGGUUUGUUUAAUAAUUAAAGAUACUCUAGGCUUUUCAAACAUAUAUCCGUUUAUAUAAUAUAAAUUGAUUUUUUGAUAUUAUCUUAUUUCGAUUUUCCAUAUUAGAGUAUAAUAACUUGAGUCAAUCUAAUUAAACAGUUAUAGUUGUUUAUAGCGUAUUUUAUAAAAAAAAAUGUUAUAUAAAGCUUAAAUAUAAAGCUUAGAUUUCUUCCCGUUGUUACUGAUGUGUUUAAUAUAUUUUUCAGGAAACUUAGUCAGGAUGCUUGUCUAUGUAAUUGAUCGGAUGAGUUUGAACAUGGGUAAUCUCGGAUGAAAAACUAAGUCACAGGAGCUAAAAAUAGAAAAAUCUUUUUAACACUCUAGUGGCUACUGUUUUGAUAAAAAUAUCCUGGACAUUGGUCGGAAAGUUUGUUUUGAUGAUUUCAAGUCUAAUUUGAAUAUGAAUCACCUAGGGGCCAAAAACAAGGUCACACCGCCCAAAUAUGGAAAAACCUUGUGAUCAUGUUUAUUCACUCAAUUGUCAUCAAACUUAAUCAGGAUGCUUGUCUAGGUAGUUGCUUGCAUAACCGUGUAAAGACCCACGGAAUGUAUUUUACUUGUCGUUAUUUCAUAUAACUUCACUAUCAUAUAAUAUCAAACUCGCAUCUUGAACUUUUUCAUUUAUAAUCAUGGUGACAAUUCUGUAGACAAAAAAAACAUAUUUACUUAUGGCGUACACACACUUGAGAGGGACACGAGUACAUUUAACAAGCUGAUCAUGCAAGGAGCAGCCAAGCAGCAACACGCCAUCAUUUUCUUGCCUUGAUCGUGUAAAGACCAGUCAAGCAGCAACACGCCAGAAUUUUCUCGCCUUGAUCGUGUAAAGACCAGCCAAGUAGCAACACGCAAGAAUUUCCUUACCAGAAAAUCAAUGCAAUGUGUCAUCAAUUUGAGAACUAGCGUAAAAAAAGACCGAAAGCAGAACGCAUACUAGCACAGCUUCUUUCUAAAUGGUUUCAAGACGUAUAUUAAGUGUGUUAAGAGGCACAUAAAAAGAAAUAAGUAUGCUAGACAAAGAAAAAGAUAACUUGAUAAUGUGAUAUCUGAAAGGUAAAAUCAAUGGUGUUCUACGCGGGUUGUUUAUUUUCUUUAUGUAUUCAUCUGUUGUUAUUAAACUGUCUGGAAGAUGUUUAUUCAGCUCUACAUGGCUGUUUCAUAUUCCUUUUUCAACUUAUUUACCAGCUUUGUUUGUUUCACUAAUUCUAUGAAACGAGUAAUUAACAUAGAGACAAAACGUUUUGAUUACCCCUCGUAAAACGAGACUACUUAAAGACAUGUUUAGAUAGUUUAUGCUCAUAUCAGUUUAAGUUCUCUUCGUUUUAAAGUGAAAAGGAAUUUAGAGCUGGCCAAAAAUGAUGAAAAUAACCAUAAUUUUACUGGUUUCAUCAGCAAUUAUAUGCACAUCAGCUCAAGAUAAGAAUACAGGACAACACAUAAAACCCUUUGCGACAGGAGUUUCACUUAAAAGUGUUAAAGAGAAACUUAAGUUACAGCCUCUGCCAGUGCCGGGAUUUGAAGUGAAUAUGUGGCUUGGCCAAUGGUUUCAACAAUUCCAAAAAGCACCGUGCAGCUGGGCUAUAGCUGAAGACUUUACCGACUAUAUCCAAUUGCUUUUACGAAAGGGUAAUAUAUUGAUGAACCAUGAAUCAAUGAGAAAUCGCAAUGUUUGCAACACAAUGACAUCACUUUAUACUGUAACAGGCACCGGACGAUUUUAUGGCGAAGACCUUAUUGGUGACAAUUGGUCGGGCAAGGUGAAUAUAGUAGCAACGGACUACAUAGGGUUUUCAAUAGAUUGGGGUUGCACAAAAUGGUCUACGCUUGAUCAAACGUGUGCUGAUCCAUGGCUGUAUGUAAAAACUCGACAAAUGAAGUUGUCUAAGGAUGUCUUAGAAAGGAUAGAAUCUGCACUUCAAAAUAUAUUUGGAAUUUCAAUAAACGAGCUUAAAAGAAUACCCCAUGGGAAACCCUGUCCUAUUGGCACGAAACAUGGAUAAUCUAGAGGGAAACCUAACUGCAAAGACUAGGUAUUGCCAGUUUAGAAUAUACAAGCACAUUUCGUUCAGAUAUAAAGCAAAUAUAAUAAAAUUGCAAUACAAAAACUUAUAAUUGUGUUACUUUAAAUACUUUUGAUUUUGAUACUGUUUUUAACCAGAACUUUUUAAGUUGUGGCUUCGUCUGUUAAACCUUAAUACAGUGUUAACGCAUUUUUGCUAAUUUUCUCAUGUUCUACAAAAGUAAUUACUUAUCCCUCGGUGUAUCUAUCUUCAAAUAAAAAAAUGAAACCGAAAAUAUAUAUAAUGGUUACCGCAUGCUUGUUGUUUGUUUCAUUUUACGCCUUUUGCCUACAGUAUUUCAGUAAUAUAGGCGGGUAGUUUCCUAACCAUCGUUCCUGGAGAGUUACACCAGUACUAGACUACCUUCCUCCCCAUGCAUGCAAACAUUUAAAUGAUAAUAUGAUAAACUUUUAUAAUGUAUCAUUUUUAUGACUUUUGAAACAUUGCAAAUCA